AUGGAGGUCUCCAACAUCCAUGUCCUGCAGCCCUCCGUGCCCCGUGACCAGGUGGCCGUUCAGCCGGCCGCUAAGCCACGUGACCCCGCGGCUGCUACUGCAGCUAUAGCGCAGCCAGUGCCGUCUGGACCAAAGGCAGAUGCUGGCGCCAAGCGCUCUAUGCAGGAGCCACCUGCAAAGGCGCCGAAGCGACGGCGCAAACAGAGCAAGCCGCCUGCAGCCCCCCAAGGCAAGCCGCCUGCGUCUGCAGCCCCGAAGGGCAAGAGGCCCCAGCAGAAGCAGGGCCAUCCUCAGCCUCCCCAGAGGAAGGCCCCCCAGGGCAAGCCGCCUCUGCAGGUCCGUGGGAAGCACAUCAAGCAGCCCCCCACGUACGACCAGCUGAAGGUGCAGCUGGACAGCGCGCUAGCUUCUGCGCGCCAUUCGUCCGAGAGGCUACGCGUCUCGAGAUCCAGAACCUUACAAUAUGAUGCUGGGGCAACAUCUCAAGCAGGAAAUACUCCAAGCAAGAGUGGGAAGUCAGAUUCAGAUGCUGAAUCGACUCAAGACACUGCUGAUGUAGAAGAAAAAAGUUCCAACGGAAGGGGGAUAAGCUUAACGCCUGCAAAUUCUGCAAAUAUGUCGGGACUGGCAAGCUGGACAAGCACUUAG